AAUGAACUUCGGCUUCUAAAAUUUUGGUUACACGAGUUCGAGGGCAUCUUUUUUCGAUCCGGUUCUUCGAUGAAGAUUCCGCCUGUUUGACUCAUUGAUCAAAAUUUUUGUUGUUGUAGCUUUUUCAAAAUACCAUUUUCCCCUCCUGGAAUGGUCUCACCCCAGCAAUAAAAGUAGACUGAAGCGAAUACCUGUCCAUUCAUCGCGAAAAAUUGACUCUCCUCUCCCCCAGCCUACCUUCCUUGCUUGCUCUCUGCCACUGGCUGGGGCCCCUUUUCUGCAACAUGUCCACGCGUGUACCUCUUACGCGUAGGUACGUUUACUCGUAGGUACUUAUACUUACUCGUGAAUUCUAUGGUUUUUCCCGAAGAAAAGAAAAUCAUUUGACCGCUCGCUCCUAUGGUUUGGAUUACUCGUAUUGUAUCUAAGUAGUAGGUACAUCUACCACAAUCGUGAAAUGAUACCUAUUCCCAUCAUCGAACCAGCGUUUGAGCGUUACAAUACGAGUAUCGUGGUCUCCUCAACAUUGUAAACGAAACCUAGUUCAUGGUUUUUUAUUCUUUAGACGAUCGCCGGUGAACGUGCAGCAUGUGUCAGUGUGAUUUUUUUUCGUUAGACGAAAAUUUAACGUAAUGUCGCGAGUUUAUUAUUUUAAUAGAUAGGUAUAUUGUGUAGUGUUUUUUUUUUUCAUUAAUUUUUAUUUUUUAUAUCAAAUUUUUUUAGUGCUAAGUAGAAAUAUUCGAAAUGAAAACGUUGAAAUUUUUUGUGCCAUUUUUUAUCGUCUUCGUUAUAAGAAAUUGUUGCAUUUCUGCCGAUGAUCGAUUCAUUAAACGAUACGCUUUGAUGAAGAUGUACGAAUCGUGUUUCGGUCCGGAAGCAGUGAAAGAAGUGCGAAAGGAAAUGAAAAUCGCUUUGGCAAAAUGUAGCGGAGCUAUGCCAGCGGCCGCAGCUUCGCAAUAUUCGGCUUCGGCCGCUCAAAACGCGACGCCCAAACCUUCUUUACUAGCUUCGUUGCUGCAAACCAAGCAUCAUCUGAAUUCUGGCGACCGCGACAAUUCGUAUUCGUCCGAGCAUCUCAAAACACAUUCCGCUUCCAGCAUCGAUUUGAAUAAACUACAGCAGGCCAUUUUGGCCGGAUACAAUAAAAAUAUCAUCCAACAACAACAGCAACAUCAACAUCAGCAACAUCAGCAACCGACGUCGUAUUCGAGUAAUUUAGCCAUGAACGGAGGUUUGGCAUUUUCACCGGUCCGGUCGUGGAAUUACGCAGCGGCGCCGCUGCCGCCGCCGGCGGCUAACCCUUACCCGUAUCCGCAAAAUAAUGGUUUAUUGGCCGUUCAGCAUGCUGCCAGUCCUGCCUAUAUGGCUUCGUUGCAUUACCCCAUGUACCCGUUCCAGCAUUACCCUUUUUUAUCGCCGUUUUACGCGAGUGCUAGAUCGUCGCGCGAUCUAGAUGUAAAAGGUCAAUUGGAAUCGCUAGCCGUUCGAAUGUCCGGUAGAAUUAGAAAUGUCACUUGUAUUAUGCAAGAACUGGGUUACAUGAACGAAAAUUUAGAACCAGACUACCAAAAAAUAAUCGAAAGGGUGAAAAAAUUGUCCAUACCAGAUGAUUUAAAAAGUGAAAUGACCGACAGUGUGGAAUAUUGUAGACAAUUUUCUUUGUGCGUACCUGAGGAAAGUAAAGACAAAUUUUCAAGAGAUAUGGUCAAACCUAUGUUUUUCUUCAGGUGCUACAAGCAUAAAAAAAUGGAAGCUUGCAUAAUCAAAGACAUUAAGGAUAGAUAUUCGUCGGACGAAGUGGAUGACAACAUGAUCGGUAUGGAGAGAAAUGACAGGAGCAAACACGAAUUCGAUAAUAAUGAUUUUGCCGAAUUAGCUAUUUACGAAUUCCUAUACGGCGCUGAUGGUUUCGAUAUUGACGAUAUAUUAUAGUCCAAUUUAUAAAUGAUUGUAUUAUUGUUGUGUUUUCAAAUGGUACAAAUUUCAAGCGGUAUUGUGAAUGUGAAAUGAACAGAAACUUUCAAAUAGUAGGCUAGGUAUUUAUUUAUUUGAUGAUGUUGUUGUUUAUAAAUGUAUGUAAGUACUCUUAGAAUUAGGUAGUUUUUUGUUCUCUGAUGAAGAAGUACUCGUACAUUAUGUUCAUUUGUAUUUUAAUAUUGUAUUGUACUUAACGAAUCUCUUUCAUUUGUUUCAUUUUUUAAUGUGAUAUGUGUAUGUACCUACCUACUUUAUUUAUUAAUCGAAGAUUGCCUUUGGUAUCUGAAAUAAAUUAUUGCGAGAUGUUUCCUAUA